AUGGUAGCCAAUCUCAUUCCGUGCGACGCAUCGGCUGUAACGCUCCCUUCACAAGACUUAUUCUCAGGAUCCGCCGUCUCCUCUUUAUAUCGACUUCGAGACGUUGAUGAUACAGAUGGCGGCUUUUUUGUCUUUGGUGAUUUGGCUGUGAAAAAGGAAGGCCAAUAUCGCCUGCAUUUCAGUCUAUUUGAAGUUUUCGAUGGUCAUGCCGAAAACCGGAAAACGAUCGUCUCGGAACCAUUUACGGUGUAUCUGCCUAAGCGAUACCCGGGCGCGGUGGAAUCGACUUUCCUUUCACAGACAUUUUCCGAUCAGGGUGUAAAAAUACGGAUGCGGAAAGAGUAUCGUUUGCAGUCGUAUGUGUCAUACACGAGAGUGAUCAUAUUAGGAAUAUUUUUCUUAUCCUGUCAACCUACCGAUAUGUAG